AGUGACAGCAAAGUCAGUCCCAAAAACUGCUCGUAUUAAUCAUCUAAAAAUAGAAGUAAAAAGGGAAGACAGUCCAGCGGUGCGUAUGUAUGUGUUUAUACUGACAUUUCAAGGGUGUUUAUUGAUAAAACCUCGACUAAAUUACUGAAAGUGAGCGCUGUCUGAGCAAAUACGAGUGAAUCUGUGAAAGUGAAAGUAAGUUGUCUGUCUGAGAGUCAAGCAUUAAAAGACAACUACAGUAGACAACGACAGAAUGGCUGCCAAUGAAUCGCCAUCUGAAGUGGACUGCUCCUGUCCUGUGUGCUGUGACAUAUUUAAGGAUCCUGUGGUCUUGUUGUGUGGUCACAGCUUCUGCAAGCACUGUCUUCAGGAGUGGUGGAGACAGAGUAGACUCCAGACGUGCCCGGUCUGUAAGGAAAUAUUUCCAAUGGCUCAGCCUCCACGUAAUCUGGCACUGAGAAAUCUUUCUGACACCUUGAGACAAGAGAGGAUUCAGAGAGCUACGACAGGAUCUAAAGAGUUCUGCAGUCUGCACAGUGAGAAACUCAAGCUCUUCUGUCAAGAUGAUCAAGAGCUCAUCUGUGUGAUUUGUAGGGAUGCAAAAAAACAUAAGAAACAUAACUGUGUCCCCAUCAAUGAAGCAGCACAAGACCAUAGGACCAAACUGAAGGUUCAGCUGAUGCAUUUAAAAAGCAAACGGGGGUCAUUCAAAGAAGAAAAACUCAAGUGUGAUAAAAUGGCCAGCCACAUCACACUCCAGGCCCAGCAGACUGAGAAGGCGAUAAAAGGGGAGUUUCAAAAGCUGUACCAGUUCCUGCGGGCAGAAGAGGCUGCAAGGAUUGAUGCUGUGAGGAAAGAGGCGACACUCAAGAGUGAGGCAAUGAGGAUCAGGAUUGUAAAUCUGACUGCAGAGUCUUCCUCACUCUCAGACAAAAUCAAAACCAUAGAGCAAGAAAUGAAAGAAGAAGACAUCUCAUUUAUGCUGAAUGUCAAAUCCUCUAUGAAGCGAUCCCAAUGCAACCUGCCAGAACCAGAGACUCCAUCAGGAGCCCUGAUCGAUGAGGCCAAACAGCUGGGGAACCUGCAGUUCACAGUCUGGUGGAAGAUGAAGAACAUAAUACAGUACACUCCUGUAAUUCUGGAUCCAAAUACAAGCGGCGAACUUCUGACUCUAUCAGAGAAUUUGACUCGUUCGACAUCCGGAAUGAAGUCUCAGCAGCUCCCUUACAACCCAGAGAGACAAUCCAACUUGACUGUUCUUGGAUAUGAAGGCUUUAGCUCUGGGAAACACAGCUGGGAUGUGGAGGUGGUGAGAGCUUUUUGGGCUGUUGGUGUGGCUGCUAGAACCAAGCAUCAAACAUCUGAAAAGGUCUGGGGCAUUUGCCUGUAUGAAGAGUUUCCAGGACCUUUGUUGGAACUUCCUACAGAAAAAAACUUAGGUUACAUUUCUGAGAUGAUCAAAAAGGUCAGAGUGCAGUUAGAUUAUGAUCAAGGAAAACUGUCAUUUUUUUGCCUUGAUAGGAAAACACUUCUACAUACCAUUGAAUACACUUUCACAGAACCUGUUUUUCCAUUUCUUCAUAGAUGUGCAAAAAUCCUUCCGGCUGAAUUGUCAGUGAGGAUAAGACAACCCAAAUAAACAUUCUGCAUUACUGCAGAGGUCAAACAAGACGAGGCCUUGAACUGCCUUAUUUUGGGACCUAAAGUGUUGUAUAUCACCAUAGCAAAUCCUGAGCUUGUUACCAGUUUGUAUCUUUUUAUUGUAAUAUUUAUUUUUAUUUUUUCUCGACUUUUCCAUAUUUAGUUUAUGGUUUUCAUAUUUCAGUAUAGUAGGGUUAGGGUUAAGGUUAGGGUUAGUAGUUAGAUAAGGUUAGGUAAAUCUUCUAUCCCUGUAACUUUUUUUAUGUCUGUAGCCAGUGACAUGUUAACCUUGCAGUGAGCAUUGUGAGUCAUUACGUAGGUCUUCCCUGUUUUGUUUUUGGUUUAGUCUGCCUAAAAGGGGCACUCCAUUGAUUUUACACAAAAUAUUCAGUUUAGUUGUCAUGAAAAGUACUAUUCAGCUUACAAAAAAACGGUAUAUUAUACUUUGUUCUGGCUUUGGAAAGGGCUUUCCACAGUUUUAAAAAAAUAACCCUGAUGAUGUCAUGAGGGGUUACCCCAGCUUGAGCUUGAAAUGUAAAUUUUUUUACCAAAAGCAUUUGCGUUACAAACUGGAGGUGUGGGGAUGCAAGAAGUGGGCAUUUAGAUGACAGAAAAGGUCUAAUGAAAUAUCCUAUUUAGUUGCAUUAUGGGAAGCGUGGGAUCCAGUGUUUUUGGAGCUUGACCCAUACUAGAAAAUAAAAGUCUGAAUAUUCCGGCAUCUGCUGCUUAAAUUACAACUAUUCUUUUUUAAAAAUCUAUUUUUUAAAACUCUUGUGAGUACCACAGUGUUAUGGAGGUACUAAAUUACGGAAGUACCGUUUUUCAGUCAUUUUUUGUUAUUGGCAGAUUACAUGAUUUACAGCUUGGUAGAGGUAAAACUAAACAGAUGAAUCUGCUAAAAGUUUGAGUUUUGUUUAAUUCAAAUGUACACACUGUGAUGAUCUGAUGUCAGUUGACAUUUCAAUGUGAAUGAAACUGAUGUUCAGAGUUUAAUAAAUAAUAAAAGUGAGUGAUUUGAGUGAUUUCCUCAAGAACUUGCUCUUCAGUUACAAUUCGGCUUAACUGUUAUGCAAUGAAGGUGCACCUUGUGUGUGCUAUGGUGCAACUACCAAUGGGGUCCAGGGUACCUGCAGUAACAUGGUUUUGCUGAUGACUGUCUUUGUGAUUGUGGUUGAGAGAAAAAAUAUGAGCAAGCUAAACAAAUAAACAAAAAUGCAGCUCUCAGCCAGUCUGAACAUAUUCAUUAGGAAUCUCCACUAUUCUCAUAAUGGCUCAGUGUGGCUGAUAUGUCUGUCUACACACACGCAUAGUACAGGGAUGAAUCGUUACAGUAUGAGGCAAUGCCUAAUGUCUCUAGUGU